UCACGUAAAAAAAGAUUUCAGCGAUUUUAUUUAUUUUUUUGCAUUGCAUUUUUGUAGAAUAUUACGCUGUACAAAAAGGAUUGUUCCUGUCACAGCUCGAUAGGAUGAGAAGCGCYUCUCACAGCCACGUGGUUAAAUGACCACCCCCAACCCCCCGCUCCUCCUCCCGAAGGUGUUUCAUUCACUUUUUUUUCUUAAAUGGGCUCCUCCUCUCAGACGAAGUUACAACGUGGGUUUGGGCAAAACACUUCACCGGACUCUGACGCUUCAGCUCAGAAUUAGGCUCACCCUGGAGUGGGACCCUUCAGCUGAGGAGCAUCAAGAAGAUAGCCUACUCACUGGGAAGAAGCUGAAAGCUGCCUCUGUCAAUUUGGAGUGGAACUGUGUGGGCACGAUUUUACGCACGCAUGUUACGCGCUGGGACCACCUCAGUUUUAGGAUUGUAAACAUUUGCACGUUUUUAAUGGAAUAAAUCACGUUUAAACCAUGAUUCUAAAUUUUAAGCACAUCCUGUGUUUGUGUUAUCUGUGUGGAGCUGCAACAGCAUUCAAGUCAUCAACAAUCACACCAGUCACUGGCUCUCUCUCUGGGAAGGUGGUCCUUCCCUGCUUUUUCUCAAUCCCAACCUCAACGCCAGUCAGGAGUCCCUAUGGACCCUAUGACGCAGUCACGUAUAGCAAAGAUUAUUUAUUGAUUAAAUGGACCAAAAUAGUUGGCACAAAUGAAUCCAUAGUGCUGACGGCACAAAAUGGGGUCAUAAAUCUCGAUCGCAGAUACAGGAAGCGUAUAUCAAUACCCAGUCACCCCGAAGAUGUCGGUGACGCCUCACUGACAGUAGUCAAGCUGCGUGCCAGUGAUGCUGGUACUUACCGUUGUGACGUCAUAUAUGGCAUCGGAGACACCCGUAGUAUGGUUAACCUUGAUGUUGAUGGUGUUGUUUUUCACUAUCGACCAAACUCUGGCAGGUACACUUUGACUUUCCAAAAGGCUACUGAAACUUGCUUAAAUAUUGGAGCAACUAUUGCAACCCCUGCCCAACUAAAAGCAGCCUAUGAUGAUGGAUAUGAACAGUGUGAUGCUGGAUGGAUGUCUGACCAAACUGUGAGGUACCCAAUGACGAGGACAAGAAAGCCCUGCUUAGGAGAUCUGAGGAACAAGACUGGUGUUAGGUCAUAUGGCAGAAGGCAACCCACAGAGACCUACGAUGUAUACUGCUUUGUUGACAAACUUGAUGGUGAAGUCUUCUAUGCUCCUGGUGCCCAUAAGCUGACCUUUGACGAAGCCCGCAAAGAGUGCGAAAAACAUGGUGCCGAACUGGCAAAGACUGGUGAGCUGCAUUUCGCCUGGAAACGUGGACUCCACCAAUGCAACUAUGGCUGGGUCCAUGACGGCAGCGUGCGACUUCCGAUUAUUAAGGCCAGUCCUAAGUGUGGGCAAGGCAAAACUGGUGUCUUCAGCUUGCAUCGCCACAAAAAUCAGACUGGCUUCCCAGAACCUACAAGGACGUUUGGAGCUUAUUGUAUUAAAGGAAAAAGAGCGGUGAGCACCAGGAAGUCUUUUGUGGAAAUGUUCGCAAAACAAUUCACCAUCUUUCCCACCAUCCACUCCAAUACCUUCACACCUGUCCUGCGAAGUAGCACCAUUUUGACUACAGCGUCAUCGGACACAACAUCAGUGACGGAAAUGUCUCCAGGCUCUAAAGCUCCUACAGACCAACAAUCUGUGAUCUCCACCACAAUGACUUCACCUCGACCCACUCAAAAAGUUCCACUCAAACCAAUAAAAAAGCCUGGACUGUUAAACACAAGUUACAGGCCAGUAGUAUCGGUUCCUUCUCAAAAUGUCGGAAUCACAGAACCGCACAUCACAACCCAAAGCACCGUUUCUACAGUGUCUGACGAGGAUMGGGAGGACCUCUCAGUGAUUAAGAUUAGCACUAUUCAACCUGAUGUACCGAUGCCAGAUACUUCUUCAAGCACAAAGGCCCUGUUUGCUGUGGGUAUAACAGAAAAGACCAUUCUGGAUUCUGGAAUCACCCCAUCAGUUUCUUUUGAUCUCAUGAACACUUCUACAGAAUCCAUUGAACUGACCCCAAAGAAAGAGUUGAGCUCCUUAGAAUCAACACCAUCACCUCCAAUGUUUACUCCUGAAUCAACAGCCCCAUUCACAGAUUAUGAUGAGAUCAAGACUGAUCUUUUACUUCAGGCUGGGCCACCAACUCAAAAGGGGAUGGUUUCACCCAGUUUAACUGACAAAGACAGUAUUCUUGGCCCUACUGUGGAAACAACUCCCCCUCUCACCAGCACACCCUUUAGCAAGGAGAUCAUCACUACACAAAUAGCAACCACUGAGAAACCUCAGACACAGGAUGCAGACUCUCCAGCCUCAUCUGUAACCCCUGCAGCUGCUGGUGCCUCAACUGAAGAUGUGACGGCACCGACAACUGAACACGUCUCUUUCAAGUCCCUCACACAGACACCAGAACAAGGAAAUGCAACCCUAAUGGAGAACGACACAACAGAGAAGAUCGGGACGAAGUUCUUUUCAUCUGCUCCUCCUGCAACUACUGCAGCUGCCACGCUCAUAUCUGUUCAGCAAAUAAGUACUAGCAGGCCAAUUCAGAACGUUUCAGCUGAACGUCUUUUCCAGCCACAAGAUUCCCAGUCUCCAACAGAUACAACAGAAAAAGGCACCAAAGAGACACUUCCUCCAUCAGCAAUAUCUACAGAAAGCCUGGCUGAAGUUCGCCCACCCUCCAUUUUAUCAUCAACAGUGAAGGACAUGGCCUCAUUAAAAGUGUCACAACAAACUGACCCAGAUGCAACAAACACAACUGACUUUGUUAAGACAGCAAUUCCAGGUGAUCCGCUGAAUUCCAAAAAAACUGAUAAAACUCAAACAACUAAGAACUUUAUGGAAACCUUAUCUGUCAGUACCACAUCUGAAUAUGAACACUUAAARCAGAAAGGGAAGACUCCGUCUGUGAAAAGUGAUUCAGUAGUAACUCAGACAUUGACAGGUGAGAUGAAAUCCCUUGUAACUCCUUCAACACCCCUUUAUAUACCAAGAGAAGAAGCUGAUACAAUGAAGAUACCAACAAUCUCAAUAACAGGACAAUCCAAUGUGACUGCAUUGCACAAUGAUGUCACUCUCUCUUCUUAUGAUGAUGAUAGAGAAACUGCAUCACAAACGAGUGCAUAUAGUCCUACUAAUAUUGAAAAGGAAAAAACUUACAAUACCACAGCUACAAACCAAGACAGAAAACUACAUGAAAUAUCAACACUAGCAUCCACGUUAUACAGUGCAUUUGAAAAUGAAGCCAAACACCAGACAUGUUUACUUCAGGAGAAGCAUCAUCCACUCUGUACACUACUGAGACGCCACCAGCAGAGUCAUCUAGGACUACAGAGGGAAGAGAAUUGA